AUGUUUCGUGUUCUACCGUUUGUGUGUUUGUUUGUUUUUGUCAAAGCUGUGGUUCAGAAUGCCAGCUGUCCCCUUGUGAGUCCCAGGGAGGUGGAUUUGAAGGGACUAGAUGGGAAAUGGUACUUGGCAGCUGUAGCCACAGACCUGGAGAUCGAAGGCGAUUGUGCCAUGGUACUCUUCAACCAUAAGACCAACAACACCACAGAUAUCUCCAUCAGCUGGGUUGUCAACAACACAGUCAGUUAUUACAAUGGAUCUGUCGCUCUCACUGUUGAUGAUAGCGGCGGUGAUUUACUGUUUGUCACUUAUACAGAUCAGAAAUCAGAAAGGUACUCCUUAUUGGACGUGAAUUAUGAACAUUACGCUGUUAUAUUUGCAUGUUAUAACAACACAGCUGAUAACAGAAGUACUUACGAAUUGUGGAAGCUCACGCGCAUGCCGCAUGUAAAAAGUGUCGAUUCGACGAAAAUAGAUGGCGCUGUAGCAAACUAUAGUCUACAAAACACACCAUUCCUUUACUUCAAUAACACAGAAGACACGUGCAGAAUAAACUCAGGAAACCAUUUGAAUCCUGCAUCUUUGAUCUUGACAUCAGCUGCGGCUGUUAUAUUGUUUAGAAGGUUAUAUUAA